AUCUGAAGCCGAGACAUGGCUCUGUCCCAGCACCAGGCAGGGGAGUUCCUGCCACGUGUUGGCUGGCAGGGAUGUCGACUGUCCUGCUGGGUGGGCCCGGGCUGCCAUGCCAGGGACAGGUCCUCAGGCCCGAUCAGCAGAUGGGCAGAGACAGGGCAUGCCCUCCUGAUCUGCACCCAGCUAGGAUGGGGGCACCUCCAGUGUGCCAGCUCUGCCCAGGGUCACUCAUACCCACUGGGGCUGGCUGCUCCCUGCCUGACAGCAGCUGCCCUGACGGCUUCACAGUGGGGAGCACCGAGGCUCCAAAAGAAACUUGCCUGGGGAUCCCUAGCAGGUAAAUGGGGGCUUAUUCAAUAUCUGCUAUCUCUUAUCCUUCUAGAAAAUUCCACAGCCAGCUCGAGUGAGGCAGAAAGGAAGGCCCAAGUAUACUACCGCGCAUGUAUGAAUGAAACCAGGAUCGAGGAGCUCAGGGCCAAGCCCCUAAUGGAGCUGAUUGAGAAGCUCGGAGGCUGGAAUAUCACAAGUCCCUGGGCCAAGGACAACUUCCAGGACACCCUGCAGGUGGUCACUGCCCACUACCGAACCUCACCCUUCUUCUCCGUCUAUGUCAGUGCAGACUCUAAGAACUCCAAUAGCAAUGUGAUCCAGGUGGACCAGUCUGGCCUGGGCUUGCCCUCCAGAGAUUACUACCUGAACAAGACUGAAAACAAGAAGGUGCUGACCGGAUACCUGAACUACAUGGUCCAGCUGGGGAAGCUGCUGGGCGGGGGGGAUGAGGACGCCAUUCGGCCCCAGAUGCAGAAGAUCCUGGACUUUGAGACAGCGCUGGCCAAUAUCACCAUCCCCCAGGAGAAGCAUCGGGAUGAGGAGUUCAUUUACCACAAAGUGACAGCCGCUGAGCUGCAGGUACCCUGUGCGCCAGCUACUGCAGGGGCAGGGCCACUGGAGUACACAGAGUCGGACAGGGCUCUUGGGGGGAGGGGUCAUACCCACUUCAUCAUGACCUUAAAGCCACCCUUGGAAGGAGGUGUUUAUGCCCAGGUUACAGAUAGACUGGGGCUCAGACAAGUAAGAUUACCUGCUGGUGGCCACAGAGUGCAAAGGGACUCCAGAGCCAGGCUUCUUCCCUCGCCGGGCUGCUUCGGGUGCUCAGUGGCAGACCUUCGUGAACUGCCAAGCACAGAGGCUGGUACUCAGGAGACAGUAGAUGGUGGCCAUGAGGGGUGUCUGUGGACUAAAAUAACUUCUGCAGCCAGAAGAGGUCUGUCUCCCUGGAGUUCUGGGGGAAAGCACAGGCCUCCUAUAGCGCCACCUCCCAGCCAGGCCUUGGGAGAAGAAGGACUGGGCCCAGUGACCCUCUGCGCUCGUGUUUUCCAGACCUGCCUUCCUUGCUGGAAGUUUUGCAUGAGUGACACGGAAAACAACCUGGGCUUUGCCCUGGGCCCCACGUUUGUCAAAGCGACCUUCGCCGAGGACAGCAAGAACAUAGCCAGCGAGAUAAUCCUGGAGAUCAAGAAGGCCUUUGAGGAGAGCCUGAGCACGCUGAAGUGAAUGGAUGAGGACACCCAGAAGUCAGCCAAGGAGAAGGUGGACGCCAUCUACAACAUGAUAGGCUACCCCAACUUCAUUAUGGACCCCAAGGAACUGGACAAAGUGUUCAACAACUACAAGGAAGUUCCAGACCUCUACUUCGAGACCGCCAUGCGAUUUUUCAACUUCUCAUGGAGGGUCACCGCUGACCAGCUCAGGAAAGCCCCCAACAGAGACCAGUGGAGCAUGACCCCACCCAUGGUGAACGCUUACUACUCACCCACCAAGAACGAGAUCGUGUUUCCAGCUGGGAUCCUGCAGGCGCCCUUCUACACCCGCUCCUUGCCCAAGGCCUUAAACUUUGGUGGCAUUGGUGUCAUCGUGGGCCAUGAGCUGACUCACGCUUUUGAUGACCAAGGGCGGAAGUAUGACAAGGACGGGAACCUCCGGCCCUGGUGGAAUAACUCCUCGGUGGAGGCCUUCAAGCAGCAGACGGAGUGCAUGGUGGAGCAGUAUAGCAGCUACAGCAUGAAUGGGGAGCCCAUGAACGGCCGCCACACCCUUGGGGAGAACAUCGCAGACAACGGGGGCCUCAAGGGGGCCUAUCGGGCUUACCAGAAUUGGGUAAAGAAGAAUGGGGAGGAGCAGACCUUGCCCAUGCUGGGUCUCACCAAUGACCAGCUCUUCUUCCUGGGGUUUGCACAGGUCUGGUGCUCUGUCCGUACGCCCGAGAGCUCCCACGAAGGCCUCAUCACCGACCCCCACAGCCCCUCCCGCUUCAGGGUCAUCAGCUCCCUCUCCAAUUCCAAAGAGUUCUCAGAACACUUCCACUGCCCCCUUGGGUCACCCAUGAACCCUCAUCACAAAUGUGAAGUCUGGUAAAGGGCAGAGCACAGAGAGCCAAGACAGAGGAGAGGAAGGGGCUGAGGACGAGCCCCAAGGGGAGGCUGCCGAGUCCGCCCCUCCUUCCAGCCCCUUGGCCGCCCAGGGCCCCUUCCCCGAACUGGAGGGUUUGCAGCCAGCACUGGGCCAGGUGGGGGUCCUCCGCAUACCCAAGUUGCUCCCCUGUGCAGACCGGCGUCCCAGCAUGCACCAGCUCCAGCGGGCAUUCGGGUAUUGGGCUGGUGGCUCACCAGGCCUGGGCCCCACAGCAACAAGGGCCAGGGGACACAGCCCCCUCACCCACAUCCAGCACCACAUAGACCACAAUUACCACUGUGUCAAAUGCUUUAAGAUAUAUUUUUGGGGGGAACUAUUUUUUAAACAUUGUGGAAUACACUGGAAAUCUUCAGGGAAAAAUGCAUUUAAAACACUUUU